AUUACUUAUACCGACGAGUGCCGGUAUCACGAAUGGAAAUAAAUGUCUGCGCCCAUGUAAAAAUGCAAAAAUGACACAAAACUCUGAAAAUCUACCUGAUGAUGUUUGGCUGAUAAGGGAAUGUGACAUCUAUAAAGAAGAAUUUGACACUUGUAAAAGUCGUAAAGGUAGGAGACACCAGUGGUAUACAUUAGGAUGUAAAUUAGAUUGUUCUAAAUGGGAAGAUGACUACAAGAACUGUUUACUGUAUACAAAUUCCAAUGAUGCAGAAGCUGCUAAUAAGAUAAUUGAAAAUGAAAAAGAAAGGUAUUUUGCAAGAAGAAAAGCAUCAUUAGCAAACAAUAUGUGGGAAUAUAGAGACAGUCCUCCGGAAGAUUGGAACAAACCAGUACCAGGCUGGGAAAACAAAGUUUCAUUGUUUAAAGCCUAUAAUAUGGGCAAAACACCUAUACCUCAAGAGGAAGAGAGGUCAUGUACAAUAUUAUGAUGAUGAAUGUAAUUAGGAUUUUAAAAUUGUAUAGCAGUUGUUUUGUGGAUUUGUUAAGCAAAAGUGAGACCUGAUAGUUGUGUGUGUUUUUAAACUGUGAAAUUCAUGAAGUCUAAAGGAAGACUGUUAAUUUUUAAAAUGGUUGUCACAUACCAGUACAUGUACCUGGCUCGUCAACUCAUUAUAACAACUUUGACAUCCAUGUAAUGUAGAACAAAUAUUAUGCAAAUUACAGGAGAGAUCAAUUUAU